AUGUCGAACAAUGCGGCCUCCCAUAAGCCUCGCAGGAAGAAGAAAAGUACUUCUGGGAUAUCACGGACCGAGACAAAUGCCGAUCUCGUCUCAAUCGACGAGCAAACUCAUGCUGCUAAGCCCGAAUUUCCUCUCGUAGCAUUUCUUUGGCCCACUCGAGGCACAACAUCACAAUGGUUGCUUGUACCAUUAAUAUUAAUAAUCGUGGGCUUGUUCAGAUGGACGGUCGGGCUGUGGGGAUACUCUGGUUUGGGAAAGCCGCCAAUGCACGGUGACUUCGAAGCUCAGAGGCACUGGAUGGAAAUCACAAACCAUCUGCCAAUGUCCUUGUGGUACUUCCAUGACCUCGAAUACUGGGGCUUGGACUAUCCACCUCUUACUGCCUAUCAUAGCUGGCUUCUGGGCAAGAUAGGAUCCUUCAUUGAACCUUCGUGGUUUGCAUUGGUCAGCUCGCGCGGCCUUGAGACCCAGCUUCUCAAAGUCUACAUGCGUGCAACUGUCAUUGUGUCGGAGUACCUUGUCUAUGUCCCAGCGGCAAUCAUUUUCCUUCGCCGCUAUGGACGAGCUCAAGGGGUUGGCGCAACUUCUCAAUCCGUUGCGUUAGUCGCUUUCCUCAUGCAGCCAGCCACCAUUCUCGUCGACCAUGGCCACUUCCAAUACAAUACAGUCAUGCUAGGGUUUGCCAUUGCAGCGCUGUCGAGUAUUUAUGCCGGACGAUUAAUGUGGUCAUGUAUCUUCUUUGUGGCUGCCCUCGGCUAUAAGCAGAUGGCUCUCUACUACUCGCCCAUAAUCUUCGCUUAUCUUUUGGGAUCUUGUGUCACGCCUCGAAUGCGCAUAGGCCGUCUCCUCGGAAUUACUACGAUCACCAUAGUAUCCCUGGUGGCUCUCUAUAUCCCCCUUAUAAUUGGCUCCCUCUCCAAUGCAAAUCGGGGCGUACUACUCACGAAUAUUGCAGCCCCACCGCUUCUCGAUAUCCUCCCUUUCAAAAUACACCCCAAAUCAGCAUAUUACAUGCCAUUACUCCAAGUAACUCAGUCUCUACAUCGCAUCUUUCCAUUCUCCCGCGGCCUCUUCGAAGACAAGGUCGCAAACUUCUGGUGUGCCCUCAAUACUGUGUUGAAAAUCCGGCAGCACAUCGAACCCGUCGUCCCGCUUCCGCGCCUUUCCCUAUACCUCACCUUCAUGGGCAUUCUCGGCCCGAUGCUCCUUAUUGGUGCUGUACCUCGGCCUAAUCUGCUACCCUACGCUCUCGCCUCCUCGGCGUGGGCAUUCUACCUGUUCUCAUUUCAAGUGCAUGAGAAGUCCGUCUUAUUGCCUCUACUACCCAUGACGCUCCUCCUCGGCAGCCGCGACGGCCUCACCAAAGAAACGCGUGCCUGGGUGGGUUGGGCCAACAUGGUGGGGACCUGGACCUUAUACCCUUUACUGAAACGCGACGGCCUCCGAACUCCCUAUUUCGUUAUCACACUUCUCUGGGCCUACCUCCUUGGCCUCCCGCCUACGAGCGGCGCUAUCUAUUACGACCACGCUAACCAGAACGAGCCGGGCAAGGAGCGACAACCGGAGGAUCUAUACACAGGAACUAAGAUCCUACAUGGAGAGUAUUAUAUGGCCAUGAUGAUUUGGCAUGGGCUGGAGGCUUUUAUACCCCCGCCAGAGGGGAAGCCGGAUCUUUGGGUGGUCGUCAAUGUUUGUCUGGGGGCGUUUGCUUUUGGAAUUUGCUAUUUGUGGUGUACGUGGAAGCUUGUUUUAGGGACGAAUAUCUUGGAUGGGUACUUUGGGCAUCGGAGGAAGAUUGAGGAGAAGGGUGCCGACUCCAGGGGACGGAAGAGCGAGAAGAAGACACAGUGA